GGUGGGAGAGUCCCAGUCCUUUGGCCUGCAGCGGGGAAGGUUUCCACGUUUAGUUUUAAAGCCCCCCCCCAGUCUUCUGAAAUGGCUGUGCACAAAAUGCUGCGUAACCGGGGAGCGCGGCCGCCUUUGAAACGCAUCUUUCGCGCCUAUUUACUACCCCGUGCUUAAAUUAAAUUCUCAUUGGUUUUAUAUUUCAAGAGCUUGGAGUGCUUCUGUGCGAGGCCGAGCUGUGUUUCGCUGCUGAGCGUGUCGAGGGCGAACCUGGAACAAUUCCGGUAGAGAGUUUUUUUUCUAGCAGAGCCCUCGGUGAUGCCGCUGAGCUAAUUGUGCUAACGGAAAUGGGCGUUAAUUGGGGAGUGAUGCUUAUGCCGGGCACUGAAGAAGGCACAGGUCGUGGUGUAAUCCAUGACGGGGACAGCACGACAAGCGGGCGAGUUCCUCACACGUGUUGGCGGUUGGCCCCGCUGGUUGGGUGACGAUGGUGGCUCAGAAGCCACCAUGUCAUCCGGUCAGGAAUCCGUUUUCUCGGAGUAUGAGACUGACACCAGCCAGACAUCGAAGCUGUUAAGGAAAUUUAAAGAGACACCAUUUGUACCCAUCGGUUUUGAGGUACCCCAGCUUGAGGAGGUUGUUAAAGUUCUCAGUGUCACUGCAGAGACCCCAAAAAAGCCUCUGAGGAGAGAGAAGAUCAGUUGCGUUCAUCCGGAGAGCUUUCCUCUGAUCGGGAACUGCCUCUGACACCAGACGCAUUUUGAUUUCCAGCCACCUUAAGCAGAGAGCAGUCAGGUCACUCGGGGUGAACUGUUCCAAGCAUUUGCCAACACGUAUCCGUCACUGGUUUCUCUGGUCACAGGACUUUGCUUUCCAGCUUGCUGAAGUGUACUACGGACUCUGCGAGUCCGGGUUCUCCCAAGCAGAUUGGCAGAACUUAUCUUCAGCCUGUGUCAAAGCUAGUGUGAAGGCUGUAAAACUCUUAAUUGGUAUUUAAUGAAGCUACCACGUGGAUCGUGUGCUGGUGAAGUAAGGGUUUAUACCUUCCCAGGUGGAAUCGGUAAUACUCAUGUUCAGGGAGACAAGCUGUCCAGGCUCUUGGCAAUAAAAUAUACACAGCCCUUAAAACUUGGCAGCUUCCUUGGAACUACGUAAAUAACCAUCCUAAAUAUGGAAUACAGUGGAUGGAACUGGGAAACUUUGUGCAUUGUUGCUCCAUAUUCUGUGAGAGCAUCAGCGUACGGAGGUUGGAGUUGGCACUUCCAGGGCUGCGUUCAGCCUGUUGAAGGACUGAAAAUGAACUCCUGCCCUGUGACAGACCUUGCUGGACAUCUCUCCCCACAGCGUGGGACGAGUAACGUGUGACUUGUCCUGUCCCACAGACCAAACGUGAUAAUGCCCAAAAUAGCAACCUCAGCAGGCCGGUGGGUACGGCAGGGUGCAUCCACACACCGUGUGUCCCAGCUGCAGCUGAGUGGUGUUCUUGGGUGUGAGCUUCCUCCCAGGAAAGAGGGUGCAAGCAGCACAUGUGCUUUCUGAAAAAUACCCAGGAAACUCUGACACCUUAGAAUCACAGAAUCGUUCAGGUUGAG